GUCAUUGUUUGGCUAUCCAAAAUUCCAUAAAUUAUCUCAAAGAUAUACUAUUAAUUAAUAAUAAUUUAGUCAUUAAUUAUGGCUGAUGAAGAACAAAGGAAGCCAACCACCAGAAGAACACCUCUUAGUCAAAUAGAUGAGGAUAGGGUACAUAUUAUGUUAUCUAUGAUUGAAAGUGAAAGUGAAGAUGAGGAAAUUACUGCCUCUGAUGAAGAAUUUCUAGAUAGUGAGGUUCAAGAUAAUUUUGAAUUAGAGUUCUACGAAGAUGAGUACGACGACGAGGAUAUGGAGGAAGAUGAUGUUGAUCCAGAUGAAUUAUCCUACGAGGAAUUAAUUGCUUUAGGAGAAUUUGUUGGAGUAGAGACCAGAGGCUUAUCUGAAUCAGAAAUUAGCAAAUCCUUGCAUUCUUCUACAUUUCAAUCCAAUAAUUCCAAGACUCUUAUUGACAAGUGUGUGGUGUGUCAAUUGGAAUAUGAAGAAGGAGAGAAGCUAGUAGCACUUCCAUGUGAUCAUUCUUACCAUUCAAAUUGUAUUAAAAAAUGGCUUCAAAUAAAGAAGGUUUGUCCCAUAUGUAAUGAUGAGGUCUCAUCCACUAAUGUCGUCAAGGAUUUAUAGCUCUAUGAAAAUUGUAUUAAACCAAAUUAUUGUAUUCAAAUCAGUUAAAGAUUUAUUGAAUAUGUAAAGGAAAAUGCACAAAUUUUUCAUUAAACAUAUUCUACUGACAUAAAUUCUAUUUGAAUUGAGGUGUAUGGCCUUCAUAUUCUCUAUUUAUAAAUGUAUGUCUAUUGAGUAUCUUUGUAUA